AUGUACGAAAGAAACACCUUAAUACCAAUACUAUCAUCAAAUCUAGCGUCUUCUUAUGGCUCACGUUCACGCUCAAUAAGCCCUCGAUCUUAUACUUCAAGAACUUUAAGUCCAUCGCCUCGUUAUCAUCCUGAAGAAGAAGAUCCAAUACGCAAUGUUGUUGAUAAUCUAUUAGUAUCUUUUCCUCAACUUCGACUAGAAUGUACAACUAAUACAAAAAUGGAAGAAAGUCUUGUCUCGUCCAUAUACAAUAAUCAUGAACAACCUAGUAGCAUUUAUUGUUGGUUAUCUGACAAUCAAAACACUUUAUCCUAUAGCAUUCUGCUCGGCUUCUUUUUAUCAAUAGGAAUUGGUUGUGAAAAAGAUGAGAAACGUGCUUUUACUUUGUUCCUUAAUGCAGCAAAAAAAGAUUACUUAGUUGCUCAAGAAUUGAUCGGCGACUGUUAUUUCUACGGUAUUGGAACCCACAAAGAGGAGAGCUUGGCUUUCAAUUGGUACAGUAAAUGUACAAAGCAAGAAAGCGCUUGCGGAAAUUAUGGACUUGGACUGUGCUACGAAUACGGUAAAGGGACUGAUCGAUGUUUAAUUAAAGCUUACGAUUGUUAUCGUGCCUCUGCUGAAGGAGGAAAUGUACGCGGAAUGAACGAUCUGGCACGGUAUUACCGAGAUG